GCUUGCGCUUAGACAGGGCUGUCCCGGCUGCGAGGAAGCGCGGUGUGGAUGUUCUUGUGCAGGCAGAAGGAGAUGCUGCUGCGUGGGUUCCUAGCCAGGAUGUGGAUCCUCUUGGUGGUGUGCUUGACACUCAGUGUGGCAGCCUCUUCUCAGCGGUGCCCUGAUGGACUCGAAUGUGAAGGAUCCCACACCUGCUGCAGGCGUCCUGGGGGGGAUGGAUAUGCCUGCUGUAACCAACCCCAGUUCCCAGGAGUAUCCUUGCGCAUGCUGCCUCCAAACUUCCUGAAUGAGGACUCUGGUGUUACAUGCCCUGAUGGCAGUCUGUGUCCACAGGAGUACUCCUGCCUGCGCACUCCAGAUGCUUCCUACGGCUGCUGCCCGUGGGGCGAGGCCAUUUCCUGUGCCGAUGGCCGCCACUGCUGCCCCCGUGGCUCCCACUGCAGUGCUGAUGGACGAUCUUGCUUCCAGACCCAAGAUUUCAUUCCUCCUGCCACCCUGGAUGCUGUUCAGUGCCCGGAUGGAGAAUCGCAGUGCCCCAAUGAGUCCACCUGCUGUUUGAUGACUGAUGGGUCCUGGGGCUGUUGCCCAAUUCCUCAGGCAUCCUGCUGUGCAGACAAGAUUCAUUGCUGUCCUCACGCGACGACUUGUGAUACGGCUCAUUCGCGGUGCUUGUCUGCCUCUGGGGAGGAGCCCCUUCGGACGAAGUUCCCAGCCAGGAAGCGAGCAUCAGUGCUGGUUCUGCCUCAGAAAAGUAUCUGUCCAAACAACGAAUCAACCUGUCCAGACGUUGCCACCUGCUGCCUACUUGCAACCGGCCAGUAUGGCUGCUGCCCCUUACAGAACGCUGUAUGCUGCAGUGACCACCUCCACUGCUGUCCUCAGGGCACCGCAUGCGACCUGACACAUUCGAAAUGCACCUUGACCCCUCGUUGGUCAUGGCCCAUCACCCGCCUUCUUGUGGACCUCCAAAAAGCUCAUUAUGUACAGUGUGAUGCAAAACACAAAUGCCCAGAUGGCCACACCUGCUGUCGGAAGCGCUCAGGCGACUGGGGAUGCUGCCCCCUGGAGGAGGCUGUGUGCUGCUCAGAUCACAUCCACUGCUGCCCAAAGGGUUACACCUGUGACCUAGCAGAGGGUGCUUGCCAUAAGGGCAUCAAGAGUAUCCCUUGGCUGGCAAAAUCUUCUGCGAGUAUUGUGCAUAUUGCAGCAACCUCUGCGGGCUCUGUGGUGCCAUGUGAUCCCCAGACUUCCUGCCCGGAUCAGCAGACCUGUUGUCGCUUACCAACAGGUGCUUGGGGGUGCUGCCCACUGCCAAAGGCUGUGUGCUGUUCAGAUCACCUCCACUGCUGCCCCAGUGGCUUCCAUUGUGGCUCAGAAGCAGGUACCUGUGUGAAGGAUGGUGAGAGCAUCCCUUGGCUGGAGAAAAGGCCCGCAAUUGUGCACGUCGCUUCCUCAAGCAUGGAUGUCAGGUGUGAUGACCGAGUCAGCUGUCCUGAUGGGCAGACCUGCUGCCGGCAGGCCUCAGGCGAGUGGGGGUGCUGCCCUUUUGCACAGGCUGUCUGUUGCUCUGACCAUGUGCACUGCUGCCCCAAUGGCUACACCUGUGACACAGCCCACGAACUCUGCAACAAGCUCCAGCACUUCCUUCCUUGGGGAUUCAAGCGUCCUGCUGACCCACCACGGAGCCACGAUGUCCCUUGCAAUGACACUGCCAGCUGUGAGGAAGGGCAGACCUGCUGUAAGAGCGUGGCGGGCACCUGGAGCUGCUGCCAGCUGCCGAACGCUGUUUGCUGUGAGGACCACCGACACUGCUGCCCUUCGGGCUACACUUGCAACCUGAAAGCCCAGACUUGUGAGAAGCGGCAGCCCCAGUCCCUAGCCGCUGAAGGAGUGCAGUCCUCAGUCCCGUUGAGUCCUUCGCGUGCUGCCACAUCCGGCCGCGAUGUGCCCUGCGAUGCUCAGCACUACUGCCAUGAUGGCCAAACCUGUUGCAUGACCAGCUCCAGUGGAUGGGCGUGCUGCCCUUACAAGAAGGGAUCUUGCUGCUCUGAUAAACGCCACUGCUGUCCCUCUGGCUUCCGCUGCUCCCGCUCAGGGUUGCAGUGCCUUCGGAAUGGGCCGCUCCGUUGGGAUGUCGAUAUAUUCUCCUCGCACUCCACACAAGCACUCCCAUUGCUGUGAAGUGCCUUUUGGGGUGUGCUUACCCCAAGAUUCAAGCUGGAGUGAGCUGUGCUUCUCCGGGGAGGACCACAAGACGUGAGAGCAAUUUCUGCUAAGUUGCUGUUCAGCUUGGGUAGGGUGGGACUUCUGCUGUCCUGCAUUGGCCUACAGGUUGGGAAGGGGGAGCCAUCUUUUCCGCACAGGCAUUGUCUACAGUUACAAGUCUGUUCUUAAUGUUUUGCCCUGACUAGUCUGUGACUAGAAUCAAGACUGCUCUUUGGUGUCUGAGAAAAUUGACCUGUUUCUGCCAGGCAGCUCUGUGGGCUCAAGUCUUCUGCUUUGCUGCUGUUAACCUUGGUUCUUUUGCUUUUUUGCAAACUUUUUCAUGCACUGUUUUAAAAAAAAAAUCAAUUUGAUACUGGGUUGGCAUCUGGAGCGGGCUACUUGCCCGUAUGCGCCUGGGCACAGUCUCUCCUGCUGAGCCUCCUAUGGUGCUGCUUGGGGCCCUUGGAAGUUGUUGAAGACCAUUACCUGCUACCUCCCAGUGUGUCACCUUCUCCGCAUGUAUUGCCCCCCAUGCAGGGCAGCCACAGUCUUUUCUCUCCCCUCCUCUCUGCUGAUCAGAGCCCCUGUUUAUGGGGGAGGGGGCAGAAGAUGAUGUUCGUUUUUAAAUUCUGAUGCUGUGUGUGUGUUCAUGUGGAAAAAUCCAAUAAAUGAUUGAUUUUUAAAAGUG